GCUGAAAAACAAAUCUUCUUUAUUGUCUUGUUUAGGGGAACGCUUAUGAUGCUUUAAUUGUUAUAUACUCUUUCUGGGAUCUCUUAGUAGUAGAGUUGAAAAACAAUUUCAAUAAUAUUUAUUUGUCGGUAUUUUUAACGAAUCGUUCGAUGACUCAUAAAUGUUGUAGUACAUUUGCAGAAAGAGCAACUGAACGAUUCAGUGAAUGAAUCUCUUUGUUGAGUCAAUUCAGAAGAUUCGAACUAGUGACUAGGAACUAGUUGUUGGGCUGGUGUUCCUACGGAUGAUGUUUUGGGAGCACAAUCAUAGGGAAACAGCGGUGCUGUGAUAAUACAGAAGGAAAUUUAUGUCGUACGUUUAUUUUUUUGUAUAUUAAUAAUAAAAAUGGAGGAUCAAGAAAUGCAGUUAAAAGUAAAAAGAGUGACUGAUAAAUUCACCGAGAGUAUGUAUGUGUUGGCCAAUGAACCGUCUAUAGCGCUUUAUAGGUUACAAGAGCACGUCAGGAGAUCCCUACCAGAGCUCGUGCAACAUAAGACAGACAUGCAGAGCUGGGAGGAGCAGAGUCAGGGCGCAAUCUACACUGUUGAAUAUGCAUGCAGCGCGGUUAAAAGCAUGACAAAUAGUAGCCUCUAUUUCAAGAACAUUGAUGGUCUUCUGCGCCAAGCCAUUUCACUGAAGGAACAGAUGAGCAGCUUGCAGGGACGAAGUGAUGUGAAACCUGCAAUUAAUCCAAAUGAUACACCCACACACACUUCAGUCACACCACCUUGACUCAUGGAAAUCUUUCUUCAAGGAAAAGAGCUUUGGAUCCUGGCAUGCUUAAGGAUGGAGGAGAAAAGCACAGCUCUGGGAUAUAAACUUGAUCACUGAUGAAGAACUGGAUGAAACCAUAUGCCACUUUCACUUGGUGCCACCACGUCAUAUUGAUGCUACUUUAAAGUAUGGAACACCAUUUACGAGUUAAAAAUAAAAAAGUUAAUUUUUAAUUUAAAAAUGAGACGAAGUCACAGUGUGAAAUGUAAGGUCAGUAAUAUUGUGAGUUGUAAAGUUGUAACUGCAAGGAAAAUAUCACAAUUGCGAGAUUUAAUUUGACAAUGUAAUAUAUAAAGUUAUAUUAUGAGAUUUAAAGUCACAAUGUGAGAAGUAAAGUCACAGUUGGGAAAUAUAAAGCUGUAACUGCAAGAGAGAGAGAGAAAAAUCACAACUGCAAAAUUUAAUAACUUUGUGAGAUGUAAAGUCACAAUUGGGAAAUAUAAAGUUGCAACUGUGAAGAAAAUAUCACAGUUGUGAGAUUUAAUGUUACCUUGCGGCAUAUGAAGUCACAUUUAUGAGAUAUAAAGUCACAACUGGAAGAUAUAAAAUCGUAGUUACCACUAUUUUAUUUACUCUUAGAUGGAAAUGGGCUUCCAUACUAAAGAGCCAAAAAGAAAAAGAUGACAUCUUUUUGUAUAAAAGAUGUAAGGAUUGGCGUAUAAUAUUUAUAAGCUGCUUUGGGUGUUUUGGUUACAGUUUAUUCAUAUUUUGCACCAUACAUCUACUUGUUCUAUGUUCUGUAAAUGUGUAUAUUCUGAAUUGAAUAAUUAAAGUUUUUCAGUUUAAUAAUUUA